UUAACACUUUAGUGCAGGUUUACAGUCGGUUUUUAGAGUGGGUUUUCCCUUUAAGCAGCUCAACCAAGGAGGCCUACAUUUCCCACAAUUCCAAGUGGUAAAAUCCUCAGUGUUAGUGCGUCCGCGGCGUCCGUUCACUGAGGAGAGGAGCGGCGCAGACUGAUGGACUAAACUGAUGUAAGACUUAACGGUGUGGUGUGUUUUUUUUUUUAACCGGCGGACAUGUCUGUGUCAUCCACACAGAGCUCCGACACUAGCAGCCUCAGGAGGAGGCCGGCUGAACACACACAAGAUGCUUCGUGGGAGCAUCAUCCCCAGCAGGGUUACAAUCAUGAACAGAUCCAUGACCAAGGUCAACAGCUUAAUUCUCCAGACACCUGCUCUCCACCCACACAUCACUCCGUAUGUCCUCCACUGUGCACGACAAAGUGCAUUUCUGCACACACGUGUCCGAACCUUAAUGCUUGUGAUGAUAACUGGGAGGAGAUCCAAAGCAAGAGAACCAUCUUAGCAGAGAACGAAGUGGAGGCCAACAAACUGGUCAACAACUACAGGUUUGGUUUUAGAAAAUGGAAGAGCCACGUGACCGAGCGUCCGUUUGAAGACAGGUCAGAGGUCGUGAAAGAGCUCUACUCUGAACUGAACGUCAUUAAGCCACAUUCAGGUCAUCUCAUCACAUGCGGAAAUGUAGCGUAUGUGUUUCUCUUUGGGUGGUGGGUCUCCCUGGCAUAUUUCCUGGUCAGCAUACUUAUGUUCAUCACUGUCACUGGUGUGCCAUAUGGGAAGCUUUGCUGGAAGUUGUCCUGCUACUUCCUGUGGCCAUUCGGCAAGUCAGUCCACGAGAUUGGAAAUACAUUGAGGAGAUGUUGUGAGCAAGCACCAGACUGUGAGUGCAACAUAGAUGGGGUGGAGGAUAACUCACCAGUUCUGCUGCCUUCACCCACAGAGUGCCAGUCCGCAGAGAUGCCAGGACGACCUCUGCGCACUCCCUUCUGGCAUCGUUUCUCCACCUACGUGUGGCUGCUGCUGGGAUACCCCCCUCUGGUGCUCAUCCAUUCGCUGGCCUGCUUCUUCUCCUGGAUCCUGAUCUUCACCAUCCCUGUUUCGAAGAUGAACGCACGUACCCUGGCUGUCAUCCUUCUCUUGCCUCCUGAGGAUGUGUCCGUUUCCUCACAGAGGAAGCAUCAAGGCUACGAGACCAGAGCGCUGCUGUGCUGCUACCAUGCUACAAACUGGUACUACUACAAGUACACUGUUGAUGGGAUCAAUGUGUUCGCUGUCAACCUCCUCCCUUUAGUAAUAGUUGCCAUACUAAUCGGAUAUAUUGACAGAGAUAACAAGUACGCCAGCUCUGACGUCAAGUUCGCCAUAGCAAUCGGCUCCAUCAUACCCCUGUCUUAUUACAUUGGUAUGGGCAUCGCCAGUAUCUCAGCCCAGAGUAACUUUGCUGUGGGUGCUGUGGUGAACGCCACCUUUGGCUCCAUCACCGAGUUGACCUUUUACAUCACGGCUCUGCUCAGAGGUCACCAGGCAGCCAACCCGUGUCUGCAGGAGAUUGUUAAGGCGGCGCUGACUGGCACGCUGCUCGGAUGCAUCCUCUUUAUUCCUGGCAUUUGCAUGAUAAUCGGUGGGCUGAGACACAGUGAGCAAAGAUUCAACAGUCGCUCUACAGGAGUGAGCUCUGCUUUGCUUUUCAUCUCUGUAGGAGGUGUGUUUGCCCCCACACUAUUCUCCAAGGCUUACGGGAACCUGGUGUGUGACGCCUGCACCAACUCCACUGGAGGAAACAGCAGUGGACCGUUUGUCUGCCACAACUGUCACUACGAUCUGAACAAUGGCAGUUUGUUCCACAGCCAUGUUGAGCCACUGGUGUACACAGUGUCUGCCCUCUUACCAGUUGCCUACUUCAUUGGUCUGAUAUUCACACUGAAGACACACUCCCACAUUUACAACAUCCAUGUUGGAGAAGGACAGGUGACAGGCCACGAUGGACCGGUGGUCCACUGGUCACGGUGGAGGUCUCUGGUCAUCCUCAUCAUGGCCACUGUGCUCAUGUCCGCCUGUGCUGAUCUCGCCACGGAGCACAUCCAGCCCAUACUAAACCAACCCAACAUCUCUCAGUAUUUCAUAGGGGUGACAGUUCUCGCUAUGGUUCCUGAGAUCCCAGAGAUUGUUAAUGGUAUCCAGUUUGCCCUCCAAAACAACAUCAGUCUUAGCUUGGAGGUGGGGAGCUGCAUUGCUGUGCAGGUCUGCAUGCUACAGAUUCCAAUACUGGUCCUCUUCAAUGCUUUCUGUGAUGUGGGAUUUGUGCUGUUAUUCAGUGACCUGCACCUGUGGGCCAGCAUCUUUAGUGUGAUAGUAGUCAACUACAUCUUCAUGGAUGGCAAGUCUGAUUAUUUUCAGGGUACGGCUCUGGUGGUUGUCUACUUUAUCCUGCUGGCUCUGUAUUACUUCGCUCCAUCUCCAUCAGGCUGUUGAGUGUGGAUCAGUGGCUUUCACCCCACUUGUUAAACCUAGAAAAGAAAUUGAAUGUGCAAAUUUCAACAACACUCCCUGACGUCGAAAUAAUCUUGUGGGACUUUUGUACUAUGUUUUCUAUGCUGUAUCCUAAAUUGCAUUAAUGGCAAAACCGAAACUUUUAAUCUCAGGUAGGUAUUUUUUUUUUGACUGCACAAACAUAUUGCUCCUACUACUGAAAAAAAGUACAGUCUGUAAGCUAACAUACCUAACUGUGAGUCCUGUCCUUAUGGUCUUUGUAAACUGUGGUGAAGGAGAGAAAAGCAGUAUUUUUACAAUACAAAUGGAUAUUAUGAUGUAAAGAAACUGUACUAAUGGUAUUUUGUUUAAGGGCCUGUUGUGACACAUUUGUAUACUUUUUAACUCCAAAAUGUAAAAAUGGUACAUGUCUAUUAGACUUAAUGAAAUAAGUGACUUUUUGUCAAACAAUACAGUUGAAAAGUGGCAUGGCUGGCUGUGCAUAGCAACAAUAAAAACAUCUGUUAAUACAA